AGUUACACUAUUUCUGUCUGUAAAGCAAUAAGAUAUCCUACAUGCGAAUGAAUUCAUGUGGACAUUUCUUGAGUGGACAAUGAAUAAAGUGCGUAAAAAGAAACCAAUUGUCGCAAAGCGACGGUGAAACAAAUGUUGUAGUGUUUGCAAAAUUCCUGCUCGUGCCGCCCCAAUUACGACGCAACUGUGAAGAAUGGCGCUCGUAAUGCUACCAUGUGACCUCCCUUGGUGGACAUCCGUACAACGACACUUAAAGCAUCUUCUUUUGGCUUCAUCGCCAGUAAAACUCACCGCAAGCAUGAUGAAAAUUCAUGACAUGUGCAAUAUUGGCAUAGAUCCAGACGACGACGUCAAAGACCCUGAUCUUAUGAAAGGCUUAGAAAAGUUCCUUGAAGAUGAGCUGUCAGAAGAAGAACGAAGAAAUUUCUUAGAUAAUACCAUUCGAAUCAUGGUGAACAGGGCAUUGCAUCUUAAAAGAUGGCGCCCCCCUAAAGGACUUAUAUUCAGCCUACAACAGCAAAGUGACGUUACUGAACUGGAUUACAAUUUUCUGUCAUCUCUCAUUGCACAUGCAUUUUUCUCCACUUUCCCAAAAAGAACGCUCAAAACUCAUCCAACUUUACAAGACUUCAAUUUUACACAAUUUUUUAAGAAUUUACACAGAAAAUCACAAAGAAACAAAUUAAAAAGUUUGCUGCAUUAUUUUGAAUGGUUGGAUAAACAUAGCAAUGAAGGAUCCGUUAAAAUAAGUAGGCAGGUAAUGACUUCAAAACAAUGGUUGACAAUAGAAGAUUGGCUAGAAUGUACACUACCAUUGUGUAAAUUUCUGGUGAGACACGAGGGUAGGCCAGAAAGAUGUGAAAAUGAUGAGGCGAUCAGAGUGUGUUUCGCGAGCAGUAGAGUUGGUGGUGAUGCUCUUAUUGAUGGAGAGUCACAAGAAUCGUUAACGAUGUUUAUGAUGCCGGAACUACUGCCCGUUAUGCUCUCAGUGGAGGCAUUGGAAGACAACGAAGUGUUGAAAGCGGAAGGAGUUAGAUUGUUCAGUCGGAUAAGCGACAAGAAACAAAAACCUAAUAUAGAAUUACUAAACGAACCUAAAAUAGUGACCGUAUGUUUAAUGGACGCCGAAGACUACAGUGCAUUACCUCUAGGGCAAUGGGAAGAAGACAACAUACUCCGUGAACUGAAUAAAAGCCUCCUCGCCUUCCAGCAGUCGCCUAUCAAAAGCCGCGACAGUCAACAACGACAAGAACGAAGAUUGUCGCCAAUUGGUGAAUCAUUUAGCCACACUCCGCCGGAAGUGGAAGCGACUGUGAUGAUAAAGCAAGCUUCGUCUUGCAGCACUAUAAACAGUUACAACAGUAGGAGCCCCUCUCCACAAACCUAUUGUGCAGCCACACUAAAUUUGAACGAUCCAAGUGUAGAACUAACGAAACGAAAAUGCUGGUUAUCACCCGACGGGGGAACUUUGAAUAAUCGUCGGGGAAGGUUUAUCGUCCUUGGGUCUUCUGGCGAAUGUCUUCCUGUAACCAGAAGUACGGGUCUCAUUAACCUGGACACGCAAGAAGACAGUCUCUACUCUAGUUGCAAUUCUAGUGACGAUGAAUACCACAGUGCCAACGAUAGUUUUGAUUACGGUGGCAGUGAAGACGAAGGCCGAGGUGAGAGCGCACGUCCAUAUUCAUUCCAAUAUUCCAAAGAAUUAUCAACUGAGGAAAGAAGGCAGAGUUUUGCAGAGAGACUCCGUGAGGCAUUGCGCAGGGAGGCGGAGAAUUCUUGCACCACGAGCACUACCGGCGACUGGUCUACAGACAGUUCUAGCUACGCCGCAGGAGUUAGUAUACCUUGUGCUGAAGCCAACGGUAACGAAGUCAGAGUAAAGCGUGGCAGUUCCGUGGGAUUCGUACUGACCGACAAAGAAAUUGUGGACAACGGAAAUCCAUCCAUGAGCCGUCCACCGCUAGAGAGGAAACAAACUGGCAAUAGCUCUAAAUACAGUUUCAGCACAGAAUACACUUCAGAAUUAGAAGAAGUAUACGAGCAAUUCAAUCAUUGGUUAAACGACCCAAUUAUCGAUAAUUCUGCCGAGGAAAAUAAAACUCGCGAAUUAGAUCCCCGGGAUUUAGCUGUGAUAAGAUUCGCGGGCUCGCUGCUGAAACGCACGCUAAGCGAGUCGAUGGCGAGCGGCGGCGGCGGCGUGGAGGCGGCGGAGCUGUACGGGCGGGAAGGCCGCGAGCGCGGCACGCCGCGCCGCCUCGCGCUCGCCGCCCGCUCGCUGUCGCUCGAGCUCGCGCGACAUCGCCACCGCCUCGCCGCACAUUUGAGGCAUAAAAUAAGACAGUCAAUACCAGAAGAAAUAUUAGAGAGCAUGCGGGAAGAAAACGCAAAUGGCGACAAAUGUACUGACUCGAAUGAAUCCAAAUCACACGGAUCUUCCACAGAGACAUGUUCAACGCAGUUAUCUAACCCUAAUGUUAAAAAGAAAAAACUUAAUUGGGUAGUAAACAUGAUAGUAGAGACUAUCGAAGAGACAGUCGAAUGCGAACCCGUUACUGUUGCUAUAAAGAGACCGAAGUUGAAUCAACUGGCCCACAAAAUUGUUACGGGCGGCUCAUGUAGGCCGGUUGCGACUGGCAAUUGGGGUUGCGGCCAAAGGCAGCGAGGUCAUCCACAACUUAAACUCUUGCUUCAAUGGCUGGCAGCAAGCGUAGCAGGAGUACCCGCCUUAAUUUACUACACAUUCGGAAAUGAGAAACUGUUUAAGCUGGAUACUCUAGUAAGAGUACUUGUGGACAGGAAGUGGACAGUGGGACAGUUAACGCGAGCGGUCUUGAAGUACGCACGUCAAAUUCUCCACGAGCCCCACGUCAUCCCGGAAAACCAUUCACUCUUCGACGAAUUGAUCGGCAUCGAAAAAAUACCGGACGACUUCUAAUCUUGACAUAGCUACGAUUAAAGCAGUGACAUCGCAAUACUUGGCGAAAGUGAUGCCAAAGAGACGCUAUUCUGAUAUAAAUAUUGUAUUAAAAUUAUGUAUCUUGCAGAUGGAUGUUUAAUAUUUGAAGAAGCUUUGAGCGCAUUGAAACAUAUUGACAAUAUUAUUAUGAAUUGAAUUAAUUUUACUUGCACUCUUGUGUCAAUACUCAAAGCAAUAUUACCACUUACCUCUUUAAAUACUAGUACGCCGUCUUACCGUGGUACUACUACUGUGUGGAUGAUGACCAUAGAUAUAGGGUGUGUUCCGAUAUACACUGCAAGCACUGCUCAGUUCUCUCAGUGGUGAAAAAUUCGUUCCGUUAUGGACUGCCAGUAUACUGCCGCAGUACCCUAAGGAAAUAUAUGACGUCAUAAAUCGCCGCUAUUUUUAUGCUGUGUGAGCACUGACUCUUUCGAGGUAAGGUGCUCGCGGUACUUUAAUCUCGUGAUCAAAGUUUUCUCGUUGUAUUGAAAACGUGUACAUGAUAAAUAUUUUCUUUUGAAAACAGUGUCAAAAAUUGGGAUGACAGUAUACUGGACUACGUUCCGUUUUAAACAGUAACCAGUAUAGCAAACUAAAAAGGAACGGCUUCACAGUAUACUGAAUUGACGUCACACCUUACAGUAAUCAGUGUAUAUCAGAACACAACCUGUAUACGUGAUGAUGUAGUAGUAUCUUUAGAAAUUCGAACAAUCGGGAACAUUUAUUAUAGUAUUGUCAUUAAUUCCAACAAGUUUCAACUUACUUCUACAAAUAUCAAACACUAUUACACUCAAACAAUCGUAGUUUUUCGUAUAUCUUGUAUUGAUCCAACGUUAAUCGUUGUCAGUAUGGAAUGUGAUUUUGGCAGCUGUGUCUUAUUUACUUAAUAUUAAUGCAAUUUUUAAAUAGCCUUUAUAACAUAGUUACACAAAAGCAAUAUUAAAAUUCGAAGUACGAUUAAACAGACUUAACGAAAUAUUUUUGUACAAAAUUACCAGUAGUACAAUAACCGUAAUAAAAAUGUUUAUAAUGGUAGGGUUUUAUAGUCAAUAUAAUAAUUACAUUUUAAGGGCAAUUUACACAUAAUAAUCAGUUAUAACUUUUACCUAUUUCAUUGCUGUUGUAUGGACCUUUUGAAAAUUUUCGCAUUUAGCAUAACGCUGUUCUGGCCUCAAUCCACAAGCACAAAGAUGCGAAGGAUGAAGCAGUCUACCGGAAGAUAGAAUUAAGGAUUUUAUAAAACCUAAGUAUUGUUGCACUUGUCAAUUAGGCCAAAAUACUCAAACGCUACUCGGUUUUAAGAUGUCGUUAAAUCUCGUGGUGAUACAGAUCACAGUCACUUUGAUUUAAAGCGAUAGACGGCACGAGACUUACGGCAUCUUAAAAUUGAGUAUCGUUUGAGUAUUUGGGCAUUAGUUUUGUUAAUUCAAAUUGUUAACGAAGUGCAGCAAAAAAUUAAGUUAUAAGUAUUUACAUAUUAUUGCAUAACAGAUAUUGUCUAUGUAAGUAUUAAUUUGUACAAUUUUCUAUUUCAUAAAGUAUAAUAAGUAUUACCUAUAUCGAAAAUACUCUACAGUAUAGUAACUUGUUGGACACAUGCUACAUCGCGGAUGACAAGAUUUCUACGUAUAUUAUAUUCUAGACAACGUUUUACAAAGUCUUCCACAGUUCGAAUCUCGAUGUGUCCAAAAAAUUUGUUAAUUUUUUGUCAAUAUAAGAAAUAAUCUACCACAAGAUAAAUCAAAUAAAUGAUUGCAUCAU